AUGGCUUCUCCGGCCAACAACGUCGCCCCCGUCGAGAGCAACGGCCGCAAAAGGGCUUUUGAGGGUGCCCGCAACUACCGUUUCAAGAAGCAAAAGAAAGAGAAGGACCAGAAGCAGUCGGUGCUGAAGACCGAGGGCACCCAUGAGGAGGUUCUGCUGAAAGACGUCGAGGCGCUGCUGAGAAAACAUUCAAUCAUCGACACCCCGUCCGAACCCAACGCUGAGGCGAAUGGAGAAUCAAGCCCUGCCUCACUCCCGGAUCCUUUCACCGAGGUUGAACUCACGGUGCAGGAAAUCUCUUCGACUGGUGACGGGCUUGCGCUGGCUCCGAACUCGAACCAAGUGUUCGUCGUUCCUUUUACCACUCCCGGCGAUAAGGUCAAGGCCAAGGUCGUGAAGCACUUCACAAAGGAGCGCUACACCUUGACAGACUUCAUCCAGGUCCUCAGCCCAGGAUCUCUAAGAAAUGACUCGCUUGUAAACUGCAAGUACUUUUCUUCUUGCUCCGGCUGCCAAUUCCAAAUGCUGCCAUACGAGGCGCAGCUGGCACAUAAGAAGACUAUUGUCGAAAAAGCCUACAAGAACUUCUCCGACUUGGCACCAGAGCUGGUGCCAGCGGUUGCCGACACGAUUGGCUCCCCCCUGCAGUUUGGCUACCGCACCAAGCUAACUCCGCACUUUGAUGGCCCGCCGGGUAAGAAGAGGAGUGAUGGUCGCCAUGGCAUCCGGAGAAAGUUUGAGCAAGUUCCGCCUAUUGGUUUCAUGAAGAAAGGGACCCGCCAGACUCUUGACAUUGAGGACUGCCCCAUUGGUACCGAUGCUGUCCGCAUGGGAAUGCAGAGCGAGAGAAAGCGUGUGGCGGUCGAGUUGGACAAGUACAGCAAAGGCGCCACAAUCCUCCUCCGCGAGAGCACCAAACGCCUUCCCAAAGACCCGGCGCCACAGCCGCGCGACGAUGCCAUCCUGGAGGACCGCGGCGCACAUUUCCACGAGAAAACCUGUGUCACGGACCAGAAGGGCCGCACGACAGAGUAUAUCGACGACUUCAAGUUCGAGAACCCGGCCGGCGCCUUCUUCCAGAACAACAACUCCAUCCUCCCCAAAUUCACCCAGUACAUCCGCGACCGUAUCCUUCCCCGGGGAACCGACCCUGCGGACCCCGACCGCAAGAUUAAGCACCUCAUCGACGCUUACUCGGGCUCCGGGCUCUUCACCAUUACUCUCUCGCAAAUGUUCAAGAAGUCGCUCGGCAUCGACAUCUCGUCGUCGUCGAUUGAGUUUGCGUCGACGAACGCGCGUCUCAACAACCUCGCCGAGGACCAUGCCGCCUUCAUCGCCGCCGACGCCGCCAACCUAUUCGCAUCCAUCGAGACCCCUGCCGACGAGACUGUCGUUGUCAUCGAUCCUCCGCGUAAGGGCUGCGACGAUCUGUUCCUCCGUCAGCUGCUGAGAUACAGCCCUGCCCGCGUCGUCUACGUGAGUUGCAACGUGCACACCCAGGCGAGAGACGUAGGCAUUCUUGUCAAUGGUAUGGAAGGCGUGGAUGGCGGUUUUGGACCCGGUAAAGGCGUGUAUGAGAUCGAAAGCUUGGUGGGCUUCGACUUCUUCCCGCAGACGGGGCACGUGGAGGGCGUGGCAGUGUUGCAGAGGAGGAACGAGGCAGCGCCGGUUGAGGUGGGGAGGGGGGCAUGA